AUGGAGGUGCAGCGCGCCGCCCAGUCCGACUUGGGACGCCUGAUCCUGUUGAUCUCCCCCUGCCGCCCGGCCUCCUCGCCGGACAGCGUCAGCGGGAGGUUGCACAGCGGCCCGGACCCCGGACCCGGCGCCGACGUGGGCGACGAGACCGCGAGCGCCGCCACCACCGCCCGCCUGCAGCAGCCUCAGGACGCCAGGACAGGGGCACCUCGGCUGGGAGGACGCGCGACGGCGGCUGGCAUGGGGACGACGGCUGGCGCGGGGAAGGCGGCACGCCAGGGGCGCCUCGGGGAGGAUGCUCGGCGGCGGCCGGUCAGGGACGACUCGGGCAGCACGCGCGACGGCGGCCGGCACGGGGACGGGGCGGGCAGCGGCCGGUCAGGGGCGUCGCCGGGAAGGACGCGCGACGGCAGACGGCCUGGGCGGCCCCGGGAAGGAUGCGUCCUCUCCCUAUCGCCGUGGUUCUUCUCCCCGCGAAUCUGCUCGCUGUCGCCGUCCGGCGUCCGCUCCUCCGAGCUCAAUCUGUGGGUGAUCGCCGUCUGCUGGCACGAUCUCGGGGUGGUCGUCGUAACGUUUCUCCUCGUCGCCUUCGCGCCGGGGCGGCGCAGUGCCAAAGGGGCCGCAGCUCCGGGCGAAGGUGCCGGUGGAGGGACCGCCGCUCCGGGCAGGCGCGCUGAAGGACCGAACCACGCGCCGGGGCGACGCGGUGCCGGAGGGACCGCCGCUCCAGGCAGUCGCGCUGACGGGAGGAACGACUCGCCGGAGCAGCGCGCUGCCGGACCGGGCUCUGGCUACCUCUCCGCGGACCUCCUUCCGGCACCAAACGAAGGAUUUUAG